AUGUCCAUAUUCCGACCCCCUAUCGUCCGCUCAGCGAGCGCAGCUCUCGACCGCGCCCUCUUCUCAAAGACGAUACCUAUGGCCGCAGCCCGAGUCGCGAGUCUCAAGAACCUAUCGUGCUACCGCCAGAAACUGGAGAAGAGCAAGGAGUUGAUGCAGCUCGAACGGGUCAUGAAUGUGCGGCCAGAUCCAGAUCCAAGUUUGGCUGAGAAGGGAGGGAAGUGCUUGCUCUUGAAGCCAGAGAUUAAACCCGAAGAAACAGAUCCUACAACCUGGAGCGCGGUUCUACAAGAAGCUGUCGAGAAGGACGAUAUUGGGAUCAUUCCGUAUAAUUUGAAGCUGGACUACAGUUACUGGACAUACCAUGAUGUUAUGACUUCUUUAUUGCCCGAAGAUGCGCAAGGAGAAAUACCUGUUGGAUUUGCAAUCGUUGGACAUAUUGCACAUCUCAACCUCCGGGAUGAAUACCUACCAUACAAAAAAGUUAUAGCCGAAGUACUGGUAGACAAGAAUCCGCAAAUCCGAACCGUGAUCAACAAAGUCGACGAUGUGGGAACACACUCCGUGUUCAGAACAUUUGAGUAUGAAGUCCUUACCGGACCAGAUGAUAUGAACGUCGAGCUGAGCGAAGGCGACUGCAUAUUCAAAUUCGACUACUCAAAAGUCUAUUGGAACAGUAGGCUUCAGACCGAACACAAAAGACUUGUGGAUUCCUUCCAGCCUGGAGAGGUUGUGUGCGAUGUGAUGGCGGGUGUUGGGCCUUUUGCUAUCCCAGCAGGGAAGAAAGGGGUCUUCGUUUGGGCAAAUGAUCUGAACCCGAACAGUUACGCGAGUAUGAAGGAAGCGGUUGUCCAAAACUUUGUGCGCCCUUACUGCGAAGACGGCCACACAUUCAUCCACAAGGCUGCCGACGACCUUCUCCACCUCACCGCGACUAAUCAAAACACCGUCUCUGUACGGUCCAAGGCCAAACGUCCCCGUGGCGCCGCCCCACUCGUUCCAGCUCCCUCGCCCACCCUCGUCACCAUACCUCCGACCAUAAGUCACUUCGUGAUGAACCUACCCGCCACAGCCAUCGACUUCGUCGGCUCCUUCAACGGGCUGUAUCACUCGCACGAAAAACUCUUUACUCCGUACACCGAUGUCAAAUUGCCCAUGGUGCACGUGCAUUGCUUUUCUACGAAGAGUGAUGACAAUGUCAGGGAGACGAUGGAAAUUUGUGAGCGGAUCAGCACGAGGCUGGACUGGGAGAUCAAGCCGGGAGACGAGGAGCUGGUGGUUCAUGAGGUGAGGGACGUGGCGCCGAAGAAGAGGAUGUUCUGUGCGACGUUCCGCUUACCGGCCGAGGUUGCGUUUCGGGAGAGGAGGGUGUUGUCAAGUGUGCACCUAGAUUGGAAGUGGAAGUGGAAGUCUAUGUUUGAUGGACUGGUUGAGAAACUGGUACCACAUCUCGGCGUAACCAAUAUCCGAACCUUAUACUUACUUGCUUACCACCCAGACGCCGAGUCGAAUCCUCAGCAGCUGCUUGUACUUACAGUAGUGGUACCGCCCCUCAAGGCCCCUUGUCCCGCCUCCCGUCCCGAUCCCGGCUGUCCUUGGAAGCAGGCCAUCGCCUACGGCACGGUACGGUACACUCACUGUACCUCACUGUACGCUUGA